UCCGAGGCGGCUGCCCUACUACGCGAUGCCGAGCCACGAGAUGGACGACGACGAGGAGGAGCUGUUCGACCGGUACGACCCGGAGGUGCUGGCCGCCAACGGCAUCGACUAUCAAGAGCUGAGUCGUUUUCCUUUUGUGGAUGAGAGGAUGGACAUCAAGUGGUGGGCUUUUCUGAUGCAAGUGGAGGGUAGGUUGACUCCUGCUCGCAUGUCGACACCUCCGUUACGGGUCAUCAGGUACCCAGAUCUCAUGGAGAAGGGAUGGGGAUGGUGGAGAUUACUGCCGAUCUAUCGGGACAUGGAUUCAGACAUGCCGCUGUAUCGGCAAUACCUCUGCGAGUACUACCUCCGCAAUCCUCCUGAAUCUGUUGAUGGCAUUGGCGCCACCUUCACCGAGCAAAAGGUCGUGGUGCGAUCUGCAUGGACUAAUGAGAGUGGCCGCCUCAUUCCUCUUGCCAACAAGUGCCUUGAAAUGGAGGCCAAGCUCUUGUAUCUGUGUGAUACGAACAUGACAAAACCAACUGACAAGGAGACUGCCCUGAGCCGCGGCAUCAAGGGGCGCGCGCAUGACAUAAUCAAUGGAGCGUGUGAAUACCUUGGUGCAUAUGCUGCUGCCGCUGCUUUGGUGUGUAUCUCCAAAGAGGCCGAGUUGAUGUGCGAGUGGGUUACAAGUCGGGAAUACAAGUCCUCUUACAGAAAUUGCAUGGAGAGCAACCAGAUCAGAGAGCAUGCCUUGAGCCUCAUGUUGUACAAAGGGUCUGGAUCCAUUAUGGCCGCCGCUGGCGCCGCCAUGGUGGUAAGUGCCUGA